AUGACACAAAAGACGAAUAGCACCACAUUCUUGAAGCAACUGCUGCAUUUCUUCAUCCCCAAGUGGAAAGUUAGCAGGGGUCAAGAAAGACUGGAAAAGCAUCUCCAAGUUGGACAAGCAUCCCUUUUGGCCUCCAGGCAAGAUCUCCAUUUGUUCACUAUUCCUCUUGGCUCACUGGGCAUGCUUGCUCUGCUCUCUCUGUGUGUGGGAGCUUUGCUCCCCUGUCAGGCAUCUCUCGACUGCACACAGCCUCCCUGCAGGGACAAUCUGGUGGCAGCACCCAUCCCACCUGCUUCCGCAGUGCGAACCGGCACAUGUGAGGGUCAACAAGCCUGCAGGAAGGGAGUCUCUCAGUCAGUCAUCUCAGAUGCCCCUUGGAAGGUAGAGCAGAGGCCACACUUUCCUCAGAUUCAGACACAGGGCGGUGGUGUGAAGGAGCGUCUGGUUCAGCUGCAGCGCUGCAUGCUUUCCCUCCAGGAAACAGGGGGGGCUUGGAUCGGCCAGGACGGCAAUUCCCUGGGGGCUAUCCUGGCGCUAAUGGCGGCCGUGCUGACAGAGUGUGACCUCCACUGUCACAGUCAAGCCCUCGGGGUGAUGGCUAAACGACUGGAGGGUGCAGCUGUGGGAAGAGAGAGGGAGAAAGACCUGCUUCUUUUCCUCAAGAGCAUUACACAUCAUCCUCCUACAGUCGCACCGUUGCAAAGGUUGCAUCCUCAGGACUGCACAGAGAUUUACAGACUGGGGAUCAAAGAGAACGGUAUCUACACCAUUCAGCCUGACCUGCACAGACCAGCACUGGAGGCUAAAUGUGACAUGGCGACGACGGGAGGCGGGUGGACAGUGAUCCAGAAUCGUCAGGACGGCUCAGUGGACUUCAACAGGACGUGGCAGGAAUACAGGGAGGGCUUUGGCAAUCCGCAAGGGGAACACUGGCUGGGCAAUGCUGUCCUGCACACGCUCACAUCCACUGGCCAACACCAGCUUCGGAUAGAGCUGGAGGACUGGCACCAACAGAGACGCCACGCCACCUAUAACAACUUCAAAGUAGCCUCAGAGGCACAGAGGUACCGCCUGACAUCUCGUGAGUACUCCGGUGACGCAGGCAACGCACUGAGCUACAGCAAACGCUACAACCACGACGGCAGAUCUUUCAGCACCACUGACAGAGAUCACGACCGCUACGCUGCUGGAAACUGCGGUCAUUACUACGGCGCAGGCUGGUGGUUUGACGCUUGCCUGGCCGCCAACCUGAACGGCCACUACUACCGGGGUCGUUACAGCGGCGUGACUAACGGUAUCUACUGGGGGACGUGGUACAUCCUCACUGAUGGGCGAACUGGUGAACGGUACUCAUUCAAGAGAGUAGAGAUGAAGAUAAGACCACGGGAGUUUGCUGGCUCAUCAUAAAAAUGGGAAAAAAAUACUCAAAUGAGCUGCAAAGUAGAUAUACAAAUUGUAUUGUCAAUCAAUUGUUUGUUACAGUCAUUGAACGGACCUAACCAUUUUACUGAGACUAAACAAAAUGCUCAGGUUGACCCCCCCCCCAAAAAAAGCCAAAUAUACAGUAUAUACUUUUCUGUUUGAUAAACACUGCCACCGCAUUUCACAGAAAUAAAUGAAUGACAUUUGAAUACUUUAAA